AAUCUCAUCUUGAAAUUCUUUAUGGUAUCAGAGCGUUAAAGAUCCGAUACACGUUCCCUUUGUUUUUUUUUUCCUGACCCUUUCUCUCAAUUUCUUCACAUCGAUACGUUUCGAAUCUCCCCAUUGAUAUCAUGGAGGCGAUGUCAAAGCCGAUCCCGAUCACCCUCAACGGUGAAAACUAUUUCUUUUGGUCGAAAGCCGCCAAAGCUACGCUUAGUAGCAAAGGUCUAUGGAGUCAUAUCACCGACAGAGAAUUUUCCUCUCCACCUUCACAAAUCGAGGCCGAAGGAGAGGCUCCGGUGACUGGAACUCAACAAAGACCAUCUCAUACCGAGGAGAAAGCAAAACGGCAUCAAGAUGAUCAACUUGCCUUGGUCCUUUUGCAAGGUUCCCUUGAUCCAACCGUAUUACAAUCAUUCAUCUCCAUGGAGUCCGCAAAGACGUUGUGGGAUGCACUAAAGGAAGUUUACGGUAAUUUAUCCAAUAUAAGUCGUAUUUACGAAAUAAAAAAGAAGUUGUCACAAUUGCAGCAGCAAGGCCAGCCUUUCACCAAAAUCCAAGGAACGUACACGGCUUUGUGGAACGAGCUUGAGGAGAUCCGGCCUCCUACAGUUGAUGCAAAAGUUUGUCUCGAACGAACCGAGGAGGACAAAGUUUUCGGAUUGCUCCUUACAUUGGAUCCAUCAUUCAACGACUUGGUCUACCAUGUCUUGCGUCAAUCCAAACUUCCGUCUUUUUCCGAGGUAUGUAUGAUGAUCAAUACGGAGGAGGGUGGAAGGAACUUAUUUGGCGGUCCAUUGGCAAUGGCCAACUACACCACCAAGAAUCCGCCGAUCUUCUCAACUCCAAAAGACAAACGUGUUCCGACGUGUGCCCACUGCAAGAAGCUCGGCCAUAGCAAGGAGAGAUGUUGGAUUCUCAAUCCACACCUAAAACCAAAUAGGUACCGAGAUCCACAAUCCAAAGGGGCUGCUAUGAGUGCCGGCAACACCAUAUCCUUCACACAGGAGGAAUUCAAACAAUUUGUCCUUUCUAUGAAGGAUAAAGAAAGUGGAUACUAAGUCGGAUACUACGUUUGGCAAAGGAAUAAAGCAUGGCAAUCUCUACUAUGUUGAAGACUUGCAAACCUCAUCUCAUUCUCUUUUUCAUGUUUCCCACUCUCUUUUGCAUGCUAGAUUAGGGCAUCCUCAUAAUAAAGUUCUCCGAUUACUUUUUCCAAACACCAAGGAUGUUGACCUCGAUUUUUGUGAAGCUUGUGUGCUUGGUAAACAUUGUAGAUCGGUGUUUCCUAUUUCAAAGACAGUUUAUGAUAAUGCAUUUGAUUUGAUUCAUUCCGAUGUGUGGACAUCUCCAUGUUUCUCAAGAGAUAAUUUUAAAU